UUCUAUUGCCAACAAUUUUUUUCAUCUGUUUACAGAAUCCACAAGCUAAAAAGUUAACCCAUCACAACAUAUUAACGUUGAGAUAUAUAAAAAUUAUAUAAGGUUUCUUUACCAGUCACAACUUUCAUUCUCUCCGGAGAGCUUAUUUCCCCGUCAAAGAUUAACAUCUGAAAAUGGAGAUCACAAACGUUACCGAGUAUGAAGCGAUUGCAAAGGAGAAGUUGCCAAAGAUGGUAUACGACUACUAUGCCUCCGGAGCAGAGGACCAAUGGACUCUUCAAGAGAACCGAAACGCUUUUGCAAGGAUCCUCUUUCGUCCACGGAUUCUGAUUGAUGUGAGCAAGAUUGAUAUGACAACAACCAUAUUGGGGUUCAAGAUCUCCAUGCCCAUCAUGGUUGCUCCUACUGCCAUGCAGAAGAUGGCUCACCCGGAAGGAGAAUACGCUACGGCUAGAGCUGCCUCUGCUGCUGGAACCAUCAUGACGCUAUCUUCAUGGGCUACUUCCAGUGUUGAGGAAGUUGCUUCCACAGGGCCAGGGAUUCGUUUUUUCCAGCUCUAUGUAUACAAGAACAGGAACGUCGUUGAGCAGCUGGUGAGAAGAGCUGAGAGAGCAGGGUUCAAAGCCAUUGCUCUCACUGUAGACACCCCAAGGCUAGGUCGCAGAGAGUCUGAUAUCAAGAACAGAUUUACUUUGCCUCCAAACCUGACAUUGAAGAACUUUGAAGGUCUUGACCUCGGAAAGAUGGACGAGGCCAAUGACUCUGGCUUGGCUUCAUAUGUUGCUGGUCAAAUUGACCGUACCUUGAGCUGGAAGGAUGUCCAGUGGCUCCAGACAAUUACCAAAAUGCCGAUUCUUGUCAAGGGUGUUAUUACAGGAGAGGAUGCAAGGAUAGCGGUUCAAGCUGGAGCAGCCGGGAUCAUUGUGUCAAACCAUGGAGCUCGCCAGCUUGACUAUGUCCCUGCAACAAUCUCAGCCCUGGAAGAGGUUGUCAAAGCGACACAAGGACGUAUCCCUGUCUUCUUAGAUGGUGGUGUUAGACGUGGCACCGAUGUUUUCAAGGCACUUGCUCUUGGAGCCUCCGGGAUAUUUAUUGGAAGACCAGUGGUAUUCUCACUUGCUGCUGAAGGAGAGGCUGGAGUCAGAAAAGUGCUGCAAAUGCUACGCGAUGAGUUCGAGCUGACAAUGGCGUUAAGUGGGUGCAGGUCUCUCAAGGAAAUCACCCGUAACCACAUCACCACCGAAUGGGACACUCCACGUCCUUCGGCCAGGUUAUAGAGAGACACCAAAAACAACCAGAGAACAUGUAAUGUAAUAUGUGGCUACACUUUCUCUCAUAUUCUGAUUCGGUCUACUUUGCUACCUAUCUAAAACUUGUUUCUCCUUUUAUGUCUGAAUCGCAAAACGAUGCCUAGUGAUUCUGUAAUGUUAUUUGGCUUCUUUUCUACCUA